UACAGAGCGAUGGCUGAGUUCAAAGUCAUUACGACCAGUAGCGAUGUUCCUGUGGGGUGGCGAUUGGCGACACAUGAGGAAGUAGAAGGUUAUAAGACAAAGGUUGUGGGCUUACUUGGCGACAUGGAUGAAUGGGUCAUCGCUAAGCUUGCAGACGGAUGGAAAAUUUCCGGUUCGGGGUAUAACUACCAAAUUCAGAAAUGUGCAGAUCCUUCCGAAGGGAUGGGCCAUCGAGUGAUCAUCAAUAUGAACAAAUCUUUCAAAAUCACUAAAGUCGAAUAUGGGAUGCCUGGUGGCUGGAGGUUGGCGACUUACUGGGAAGUAGAGGAUUCUAUGAAAGAUGUUACUGAUUUGCUUGAUGAAUGGACCAUCGCCAAACUUCAAGAUGGGUGGCAAGUUGUCGGUGGAGGAUAUGGCAACAAACUUGAGAAAAAUGAUGAUCCCAACAGAAAGUUUGGAGACCAGGUGAUCACCUUAAUCAGGCCAGUGAAGGAUGUUCGUGUUGUUGAAAUCGCAAAGGGCAUCACACGGGAUUGGAGUUGGGCGACGAAAUCACAAGUCGAAAGCGUAAAAGGAGAUGUAGAAAAAUUACUCGGAGAAUGGUCUAUUGCAAAGCUCUUAGAUGGAUGGAGAAUUGAUGGUAAAGGAUACGGCUAUAAGAUCACCAAGUGUGAUUCUGUUGAGGGUAUUGGGGAAAUGGUUAUUGUACAAGAAUCCCUCUAGAUAAUGAUAUUAGCAAUUCUGGAUUAGGGGUGGAGGCAAACUUUCCAGCCAGACGUUCAGCUUGAUUCGGGGGGGGGGGGGGGCUCAUAUUAAAUUAGGCAAUUCGGGCCAUGCGAAGAACUUUUCCAAUGGGAAAUGGGUAAGAUGGUUAAUAUGGCUAUUUUAUAGACAUUUGAAAGCGAGGGAUUGAAGAAACCUAGAGGGUUAUAGAAGCAAUAAGUUGCAUUUGCACUUUCAUAUUAAACAAGGGAACUUGAACGAUUUGUUACGAAAUUGUGUUGAUUGUUUCAUGAAGGAUAGCAAAGUUUUCCAUUCGGCGGUUUAAGGGGGUUUGAUUCAGCACCCCCCCCCCCCCUCAUUCUUGAAUUUCAUUAUUUCUGGAUUUUCAAGGAGUUUUGUCUUAUCAAGUAUAGGAA